CAAUAAAUAAGUGAAGAAAACUCUAAUUUGAAAGAAUGUGUUGUUUAAUAAUCAAAUAAAAUAGAUUAACUUUAAAUAAAAAUUGAUUAAUUAUAAGAGCAAAAUAUAUAAUUAUAAUAAUUAAUAACAAUGACAUAAGAAUAAGAAAAAGAAAUUAAAAAUUAUUAAAAAAGGAAUACAGAACUAGAAUAAAAAAUAAAUUAAUUAAUCGAUAAUAAUAGUAUACUUAAUUUAAAUUUAAAUCAACGUAUAUAGGAUAUUAAUUUAUAAAAUUAAAAAUAUGAAUAAGUUUAAAAUGAAAGUAAAAGAGUUAUUGAAAAAUGUUAAAAAUAAAUAGAUUUAGUAAAUAUUUAAAAUGAAAAUUAAAUUAAUUAAUUAAAUGAUGAAUUAUAAUCAAAAAUAACUUAUUUUUUAAAUGAAAAUAAUAUUUUAAAAGAAUAAUUAGGGGAAUAGUUAGUUAAUAAAGCUGAAUAUGAAAAUAAAAUUAGGAAAGGGUAUCGACAAAAAAUUGAUAUUUUAAGGAAGGAAAAUGAAGAACUUAUAAAUCAAUUGUAAUAAAUCUAAAAUGUUUAGGCUAAUUUAAUUUAACAUAUUCAAGUACUUGAAUAUUAAUAAUAAUAAAAUGAUAUUUUUUUAGACUAAAAAAUAAAAAUACGACAAAUUAAUAGAUUUCCGAAAUUGACUAGAUUUAAUAACUUUAAGAAUAAAUUAGAAAUUUAUAAGAAGAAAAUUAAAAAUUAAAUCAAUAAUAAAUUUAAGAUAAAAAUAAUUAUUAAGAAACAUUAAAUAAACUUAAUGCUUAAUUAAAUAAUGAAUAAUCUACUAUAAA